AUGACAGAACUGCGGACUUCUGGAGUAGUCGAGGGGCGAUUGCCAAACUUGUUAAUCGCGAUGGAUCACUCGCCGGUAGAUCAGGUCUUGACGCUGAGCUUGGGCCGGGUCUCCAUGUCGCGUGAAAGCCUCCAUCCGACGCUCUACGCGCGCUGCUUUAAUGACGUUGAUAUCUUAACUCGAAAUUCCCCCGGAGCGCUGGCUUUUCAAGGGUCGGUGGGCCAUGUUAGGCGCUACAGCGAUCAAGCCACAUCCAACGACUGGUCCAUUGUCCAAGUGGAUCAGGACCUAGCUACCGCAGCGCCAGGUUUUCCUUACUCGUUCCGUGUGUUUAUUCACGUAAGAACCCUCGAAGACUUGAACGCGGGCGUUUAUUAUACCCUGAAGGAGACAGCUGUCCUCAGGCGGCAAGAUCCCUCAUGGUUCAGGAUCUUGCCGCCAAUACACACAGAAGGUUUAUCUGAAGAGCGCCACGUCCAGAGCGGCGCCGGGAUGUGCUAUCAGCUAUUCAUAAACAUUCUGCUACGGGGGUUUGAUAACGACAGCGUAUUUUUGGCCGCUACCCCAACCAACCGUCUCCGGUUUCGAUCCCUGCAAGUGCCCUGGACGUCCACAGUCUAUUUCGAGGACGCUGCGAGGAGUUUCGGCGCCCUGAAGAUUGAGGCUAAGUAUUUAUGA